GGAGCCUCAAGGCGCAGGGGGAGCAGGAGCCAUUUUUCACCAUUCAAGAGGAGUUACGCGGACGGAGCGGAGGUUCUGCCGCUGCUACUGUCGUUACCGGCGUGUGUUUGUGUGAGUAAGUGUGUGUGUGAGUCCCUCCUGCCAAGGUUACUGCGGUUUUACCUUCCUCAAAGACACCGGAGUGACCGGAGCGCGCGCACCGGGAGCAUGGCUCCUCUGCAACAAAGGGAAACUCACAGGCGAAAAGUUUAAAGGAAUAAGGAGCUGAUGCAGAAAUACGCUUUCGGAGGUCUGGCUGAACACAAACUGAGGAGCGAUGCACUUCUUUAAAUGGGAUUUGUUGUGGAUUUUCUGGUGGUGUAAGCUGGUUUCGCUGGUGCGUUGUUACACUGUUCAUAUCAGUGAGAAUGUGGGGACAAGGACAGUGGUGGCCGGCUUGGAGCAGGGCGCACGGUGUACUUUGGAUCAGGUACUUGCGCCAAAAUUCACGGAGCGGUUUCUGGAGACUGACUCCGCAGCGGGCAUUGUGUUUGUUUCGGACUCCGUAAAGUGCCCCACGCUGCGCUCCAACCCCUUCACCGUGUUCACUGUGGCUGAUUGCACGGACUCCGGCUACAGGCACCUACUCACCAGCCAGUACAACGUGCAUGUUCACGGUAGGAACUGUUCAAACAAGCCUAAAAGAAAACCUCAGUGGGACAUGGAGGUGCUCAGUUUGUUAAACACUCACAGUAACCACAACUCAGAGUGCCACCAAGCAGACUCUGCUUUAUUUUCAGUGGGGGGUCUGCUACCUGGAUCUCCAGUCAGAUGCAAAGUGGCCAACAGCCGUGACUUUUACUUUUCUGAGGGGAACUUGUUUGUGUCUGAGACCCUGUGCUGGAGGCAGGACACACUCCUAGAGCUGGACUUGCUUUGUGAUGUACUCACUGGAAAUAGAUUGGGUGCUAAAGUCAAUCCAGUCACCAUUCACUGGCGUGUGGGGCAGGGGCCCUUCGGACCGCCCCACCUGGGGAAGUUAUUAGAAAAGGCAGCCCAGUCUGAAUCAGGGAUUGUGAGCAGGAGGAGGAGAAGCCCUAACAGCAGCCCCCAAUUUCAGCCUCCUAUGUACCAGGUGUCUGUUGCAGAGAACAAGCCAGCUGGGACGCCUGUUGUUGUUUUGAAAGCAGUAGAUGUGGAUGAGGGGGAGGCAGGUCGGCUGGAGUAUUUCAUAGAGGCUCUGUUUGAUAGCCGCUCCAACAACCUCUUUGCUGUGGACCCCACAAAUGGGGCUGUGUCCACUGUAGAGGUGCUGGACAGGGAGACAAAAGACACCCAUGUGUUUCGUGUGACAGCAGUUGAUCAUGGCACACCUCGUCGUACAGCCAUGGCAACUCUCACUAUCACAGUCAGUGACACAAAUGAUCAUGACCCAGUGUUUGAGCAGCAGGACUAUAAAGAAAGCAUCAGAGAGAAUCUAGAAAUAGGCUAUGAAGUGUUGACAGUGAGGGCUACAGAUGGGGAUGCACCUGUUAAUGGUAACAUCCUCUAUCGUAUCAUCAACAGUAACGGGUCCAGUGAUGUGUUUGAGAUUGAUUCCAGGUCUGGUGUUAUCCGCACCAAAGGUCUUGUAGACAGAGAGGAGGUAGAAGCGUAUAUGCUUUUGGUUGAAGCUAAUGACCAAGGUCGUGACCCUGAGCCCCGUAGCGCCACGGCUACUGUCUACAUCGUAGUUGAAGAUGACAAUGAUAAUGCCCCCCAGUUUAGUGAGAAACGCUAUGUGGUUCAGGUGCCGGAAGACAUGGCCCCUAACACAGAGAUUCUUCAGGUCACCGCCACUGAUCAGGACAGAGGGAGCAACGCUAUCGUCCACUUCAGUAUCAUGAGUGGGAACACCAGGGGACAGUUUUAUAUAGAUGCUCAGACAGGUAAAAUGGACCUGGUGAGUCACCUGGAUUAUGAGGCAAACAAAGAAUACACCUUAAGAAUCAGAGCUCAGGAUGGAGGACGCCCUCCUCUGUCCAACAUCAGCGGCCUAGUUACUGUGCAGGUGUUGGAUGUUAAUGACAACGCCCCCAUUUUUGUCAGCACCCCAUUCCAGGCCACCGUUCUGGAGAAUGUGCCACUGGGGUACUCCAUCAUCCACAUCCAGGCAGUGGAUGCAGACUCCAGCGAAAAUUCCAGGUUGGAGUAUCGCCUCACUGAAACCACACCAAACUUCCCCUUCAGUAUCAAUAACAGCACAGGGUGGAUUGUAGUGGCAGCUGAGCUGGACAGGGAGAGUGUAGAUUUUUACAACUUUGGAGUGGAGGCUCGUGAUCACGGCUACCCUGUUAUGUCUUCCUCAGCUAGCAUUACCAUGACUAUUCUAGACGUCAAUGACAACAACCCAGACUUUACUCAGAAAGCAUAUUACAUGAGACUGAAUGAGGACGCAGCCGUCGGGACUAGUGUGGUUACAGUGUCAGCCGUAGACCAGGACAUCAACAGUGUGGUGACGUAUCAGAUAUCAAGCGGAAACACCCGUAACAGGUUCUCCAUCACAAGUCAGAGUGGAGGAGGGUUGAUUACACUGGCACUUCCUUUAGACUACAAACUUGAGCGACAAUACGUCCUCACUGUCACAGCCAGUGAUGGCACACUCUUCGAUACAGCUAAAGUGUUUGUUAAUGUCACAGACGCCAACACCCACCGGCCUGUGUUUCAGAGCUCACAUUACACCGUCAACAUCAAUGAAGACAGGCCUGUGGGCACCACUGUGGUUGUGAUCAGUGCCACAGACGAAGAUACAGGUGAGAACGCUCGAAUCACCUACUUCAUGGAUGACAGCAUCCCUCAGUUUGACAUUGACCCGGACACAGGCGCUGUCACCACACAGAUGGAGCUAGAUUACGAAGACCAGGUUUCCUACACACUGGCUAUCACAGCUCGGGAUAACGGCAUCCCACAGAAAUCUGACACAACCUACCUAGAGAUUCUGGUGAAUGAUGUCAAUGACAACUCCCCCCGCUUUCUCAGAGACCAUUACGUGGGUUCUGUUAUGGAGGAUGUGCCUGUGUUCACCAGUGUAGUCCAGGUUUCAGCUACUGAUAGAGACUCUGGGCUGAACGGCAGGGUCUUCUACACCUUCCAGGGAGGGGAGGAUGGGGAUGGAGAUUUCAUAAUUGAAUCCACCUCUGGUAUUGUUCGGACUCUGCGUAGAUUAGACAGAGAAAAUGUGCCUGUUUACAGCCUGCAGGCUUUUGCUGUAGAUAAAGGAGUUCCUGCUCUGAAAACGCCAGUGAACAUCCAGGUAACAAUCCUAGAUGUGAAUGACAAUCCCCCUGUAUUUGAGAAGGACGAGUUUGAUAUUAUGGUGGAGGAAAACAGCCCAAUAGGGGUUGUGGUUGCUCAUAUCUCAGCCACAGAUCCAGAUGAAGGCAGUAAUGCACAGAUUAUGUACCAAAUAGUUGAGGGAAACAUCCCUGAGGUGUUCCAGUUGGACAUCUUCUCAGGAGAACUUACUGCACUGAUAGACCUGGACUAUGAGACCAGGCCUGAGUAUGUCAUCGUGGUCCAGGCCACAUCUGCCCCUCUGGUCAGCCGUGCCACCAUCCACAUCAAACUUGUUGACAAGAACGACAACAUUCCUGUUCUCAAAAACUUCCAGAUCAUAUUCAACAACUAUGUUACUGACAAAUCAAGCAGCUUUCCCACUGGAGUGAUCGGACGCAUCCCUGCACAUGACCCUGAUGUAUCGGACCAGCUCCACUACAGCUUUGAAUUGGGAAAUGAGCUUAACCUUGUUCUCCUGAACCAAAGCACCGGGGAGAUCCAGCUGAGCCAGGCCUUGGAUAACAACAGGCCCCUGGAGGCCUCCAUGAGGAUCUCAGUGUCAGAUGGAGUCCACUCAGUAUCAGCUCAGUGCCUUCUCCAGGUCACCAUCAUCACAGAUGAGAUGCUGUCUAACAGCAUCACUCUGAGGCUGGCCAACACGUCCCAGGAGCACUUCCUCUCCCUGCUGCUCGCUCAGUUUUUGGACGGGGUGGCUCGUGUCCUCUCUGCCGCCCCAGAGGAUGUUGUCAUCUUUAACAUCCAGGACGACACGGACGUCAGCGCUCGCAUCCUCAACGUCAGCCUCUCUGUGGCUGUGCCAGCGUUGGGGGAGUCACAUCAUCGAGCUGCAGGUGUUGACCACAGCGGAGACCAGCCUGGGAGAGGGGUGGAAAGUGGAGGUGGAGAGUUCUUCGGCUCAGAGGAACUCCAGGAGCGUUUGUACUUGAACCGCAGUCUGCUCGCUAAGAUUUCCUCCCAGGAAGUUCUUCCCUUUGACGAUAACAUCUGCCUCCGCGAGCCAUGUGAGAACUACAUGAAGUGUGUGUCUGUGCUGAAGUUUGACAGCCUGGCACCAUUUGUUGCAUCAGAUACCAUCCUGUUCAGACCCAUCCAUCCCAUCGCCGGGCUGCGCUGUCGCUGUCCCACCGGCUUCACGGGAGACUACUGUGAGACAGAAAUCGACCUUUGCUACUCAAAACCCUGUGGAGCCCACGGUGUGUGUCGGAGCAGAGAGGGAGGCUUCACCUGCGAGUGCUUUGAGGACUACACAGGGGAGCGCUGCGAGCUGUCCUCCCGCUCUGGCCGCUGUGCUCCGGGAGUCUGCAAGAAUGGCGGCUCCUGUGUCAACCUGCUGGUGGGAGGAUUCAAGUGCGAGUGUCCACCAGGCGGCUACGAGAAGCCUUACUGCGAGAUGACCACACGCAACUUUCCCCCACACUCCUUCCUGACCUUCAAGGGCCUCCGCCAGCGCUUCCACUUCACCCUCUCUCUCACAUUUGCCACCAAAGAACCAAAUGGUUUGUUGCUCUAUAAUGGCCGCUUCAAUGAGAAACACGACUUCAUCGCCAUGGAGAUCAUCAAUGAGCAGAUACAGCUCACCUUCUCUGCAGGAGAGACCAAAACUACAGUUUCACCGUUCAUCCUCGGGGGAGUCAGUGAUGGACAAUGGCACAUGGUGGAAGUCCACUAUUAUAACAAGCCCGUCUUGAACCAGGCUGGUCUGCCGCAGGGCCCCUCAGAUCAGAAGGUUGUUGUGGUGACGGUGGACAACUGUGACACUUCUGUGGCCCUCAGGUUUGGUCACAUGAUUGGAAACUACACCUGCUCUGCUCAGGGCAGCCAAUCAGGAUCAAAGAAAUCACUGGACCUGACAGGACCACUGCUCCUUGGAGGCAUCCCAAAACUCCCAGAGGACUUUCCUGUUCGCAACCGUCAGUUCGUGGGCUGCAUGAAGAACCUGCGGAUCGACAACCAGCAUGUAGAUAUGGCCAGCUUCAUCGCUAACAACGGGACACUGCCAGGAUGCUCUGCCAAGCGACAUUUCUGCAACAACAACCCGUGUCUGAAUGGAGGAACCUGUGUGAACCUGUGGGGCUCCUUCAGCUGUGACUGCCCGCUCGGAUUUGGGGGGAGGAACUGUGAAAGAGUAAUGGCCAGUCCGCAGCGUUUCCUGGGUAACAGUCUGCUUCAGUGGAACAACCUGGCGGCGGCAUCUGUCCCCUGGCACAUAGAGCUCAUGUUCCGCACUCGUCAGGCCAGCGCGACACUGCUGCACAUCUCCUCUGGCCUGCAGCACAACCUCACACUGCAGCUGCGUGACGGCAGUGUGCUGAUGGGGCUGCACAGGGGAGAAAACUCCACUCUCUCCCGCAUGGAGGAGGUGCUGGUGAACGAUGGAGACUGGCACCACCUGCAGCUGGAUAUCAGCAGUCUGGGGGGAGUGAGUCACCACAAAGCAGUGUUGUCUUUAGAUCAGGGACUCUACCUGGCCACUAUGGAGGUGGAUGGCAAGCUGCGAGACUCCAAGCUGAAGACUGUUAGUAUUGGUGGUUUGGAAAAGCCUGAUGGGAAAGUUGAGCAUGGCUUCCGUGGCUGCAUACAGGGUCUGCGUGUGGGUGGGGCUCUGAGUUUGUCACAUGCCAGGAAGGUGAACGUGGAGCCAGGCUGCAGCGUCCCUGACCCCUGCAGCUCCAGCCCCUGUCCUGUCAACAGCUACUGCAGCAACGACUGGGACAGCCACUCAUGUACCUGCCUGGCAGGUUACUAUGGCACUAACUGCACUGAUGUGUGCUCAUUAAACCCCUGUGAGCAUGAGUCAACAUGCUCCAGGAAGCCGAGCUUCCCCCGUGGUUAUACCUGUGACUGUCCCAGCAACUACUUCGGCCACUACUGCGAGAAAAAGACUGACCUGCCGUGUCCCAGAGGCUGGUGGGGUCACAAGACCUGCGGCCCCUGCAACUGUCAGACACACAAAGGCUUCGACUCAGACUGCAAUAAGACGAGUGGAGAAUGUCGCUGCAAGGACAACCAUUAUCGCCCUGCAGACAGCGACAUCUGCCUGCUGUGUGACUGCUACCCUGUCGGAUCGUUCUCCAGAGCGUGUGACAGAGAGAGUGGACAGUGUCAGUGCAAGCCUGGCGUCAUCGGGCGCCAGUGUGACCGCUGUGACAACCCAUUUGCUGAGGUUUCUGCUAAUGGCUGUGAAGUAAUCUAUGACAGCUGCCCUCAGGCCAUAGAGGCCGGGAUCUGGUGGCCCAGGACUAAGUUUGGUCUCCCUGCAGCAGUUCCCUGUCCCAAGGGAACGCUGGGCACAGCAAUCCGACACUGUGAUGAGCACAAGGGCUGGCUGCCUCCCAACCUCUUCAACUGUACCUCCGUCACCUUCAGCAAGCUCAAAACUCUAUCUGAUAAGUUUUCCCGUAACGUAACACUUCUGGACUCCGGAUAUGUUCAGCAGACGGCCGCCAUGUUGGCCAACGCCACCCUGCACACAGAGAAGUACUUCGGCAGCGAUGUAAAAGUAGCAUAUCGGCUCAUGCAGAGUCUGCUGCGGCAUGAGAGCAGCCAGCAGGGAUUCAACCUCACAGCUACACAGGACGUCCACUUCACUGAGAAUCUGGUGCGUGUGGGCAGCUCCAUCCUGGCUCCAGACACGCGGCCACACUGGGAGCUGAUCCAGCACUCAGAGGGUGGCACAGCGGCACUUCUACGCCACUAUGAGGACUAUGCUAACACGCUGGCACAGAACAUGAGGAAGACUUAUCUCAGCCCUUUCACUAUUGUCACACCUCACAUAGUCAUCUCUGUCGAUCGUCUGAAAAAGAUGAACUUUGCAGGAGCCAAACUCCCGCGGUACCAGUCUCUGAGGGGCCCUCGCCCUGCGGAUCUGGAGACUGCCGUCACGCUGCCAGAUUCAGUCUUCCAGCCUCCUGUGGACACGAAGGGCCACAGACACCUGGACGUCUUCCCAGAGUUGUCGAUGAGAAAUCGCUCGACAAACAGAAAACGACGCCAUCCCGAGGACAGCCAGCAGGAUGCCAUCGCCAGCGUUAUCAUCUUCCACAGCCUCGCCUCGCUGCUGCCAGAGAACUACGACCCAGACAAGAGAAGUCUGAGGGUGCCAAAACGUCCUGUCAUCAACACUCCCGUGGUCAGCAUCACCGUCCACGACAACGACGAGCUCCUGCAGCACACACUGGACAAACCCAUCACAGUGCAGUUCCGCCUGGUCACCACUGAGGAGCGCUCCAAACCUAUUUGUGUUUUCUGGAACCACACCAUCCUCGGUGGAAAUGGAGGCUGGUCGGCUAAAGGCUGCGAGGUUGUCUUCCGAAACAGCACCCACAUCAGCUGUCAGUGUUAUCACAUGACCAGCUUCGCUGUGCUCAUGGACAUCUCCAGGAGAGAGAAUGGAGAGAUUCUUCCGAUUAAAAUCCUGACAUGGAGCACAGUAGGGGUGACGCUGAGCUUCCUCUUCCUCACCACCGUCUUCUUUCUGUGUCUGAGAGCCAUGCAGAGCAACAAGACGAGCAUCAUCAACAACGGAGCCACCGCUCUCUUCCUCUCUGAGCUCAUCUUUGUCCUUGGUAUCAACCAAGCUGACAACCCGUUUUUGUGCACUGUCAUUGCCAUCCUGCUGCACUUCUUCUACCUCUGCACUUUCUCCUGGCUCUUCCUGGAGGGGCUGCACGUCUAUCGGAUGAUGAGCGAAGUGAGAGACAUCAACUACGGACCCAUGAGAUUCUACUACCUGAUUGGCUGGGGAGUUCCUGCCUUCAUUACAGGUCUGGCAGUGGGAUUAGACCCUGAAGGCUAUGGGAACCCAGACUUCUGUUGGCUGUCCAUGUACGACACGCUCAUAUGGAGCUUUGCUGGACCCAUCGCCAUGGUGGCCUCAAUGAACAUCUUCCUGUACAUCCUGUCGUCCAGAGCAUCCUGCUCACCCAGACAUCACAGCAUGGAGAAGAAACAGCCGCGUGUCUCUGGACUGAAGACAGCUGGAGCUGUCCUCUUCCUGGUGUCAGUCACUUGUUUCCUGGCGCUUCUCUCCGUCAACAGCGACAUGAUCAUCUUCCACUACCUGUUUGCAGGGUUCAACUGUCUGCAGGGUCCCUUUAUUUUCUUCUUCCGCAUCGUCUUCAACAAAGAGGCAAGGAACGCCAUGAAAUACUGCUGCAGCCGCAAGCGCCCAGAUCAUAUGAUCAAGUCAAAAGCUUCUGGAUACAAAUGCAACACAAACUACAUGGAUGGUCGGCUGUACCAUCUGCCCUUUGGAGAUUCCAGUGUUUCUCUGAACGGGACGGUGCAGAGCGGUAAGAGCCAGCAGAGCUAUGUGCCGUUUGUCCUCAGGGAUGAUGGUUUAAGCAACAGUCAGGCUCACAUCGCUCUGAACGACCACACGUCACUCUUCCAUGAAACUAAAGAACACCUGGAUGAUCGUGACAGUGACUCAGACAGUGACCUGUCUCUGGAGGACGAUCAGAGCGGCUCCUAUGCCUCCACACACUCCUCCGACAGUGAGGACGAGGAGGGUCCUCUUCCCCCUGAGGAAUGCUGGGAAAACUUGGCUUCUAAUGGGGUGAAAAGACCACAGCCACACGAUAACAGUUUGAAUAAGAUGUACUGGCCUGCAGAUUACACUGCGGCAGGGAGUGACAGUGAGCUCACAAGUGCAGACAGACUGAGGCCGGAUGUUCUGGCCAAUCAGGAGCAGAGUCUCAGCCGUGAUGCCAGAACAUUAUCAGACGCUCGGACGCAGGACAGCAUAACUGUCCUGCUGCCGAGUCUGCCACACCUCCAUGCGCAUCCUCACAAAGGGAUCCUAAAGAAGAAGCAGCUUUCUCCUAUUGUAGAGAGGAACGGUCUGAACCGCAUCCACAAUGAACUUUGUGAAAAUGCUCCUGGCACGGCAUCUUCACAGGGAUCAUCAUCUAGUGACAGGAGAGCCGCCCCAGCUAAACCCGGCCUGCCUGAUCAGCUGAACGGUGUCGCCAUGAGCAUCAAAGCGGGAACAGUGGAUGGAGACUCGUCAGGAUCAGACAGCCACUGCAACACCACCAUGUGACCACGCUGAUGGAGGGGUGUGUCUUUGCAGGUCAUAGAGCCUCAUUCCUCAACGACGACUGAAAAAAAAAAAGGGAGCAGUGGACUCAAACCAUGAAGACAAAUGUGGAAAAAGAAGGAAUUCCCUCGAGACACUGUGUGUUUUUGGAUGUUUGUGUGAGUGUGGGAGUUCAUCCAUGUGUGCCAAACCUCAGGAGUCCCAGCACUGGUCCAGGCUCACACACACACACACUGACAGAACAAGUGUCACUCUCCCUUUGAACAAAUCAUUUUGUUUACAUACUUGAAGCAAUGCACUUUUUGAAUUCACUGCUCAGUUCAUUAUUUUGUUUGAUUUUCAUUUUUGUAAGCGUUCAAAGACACUGAUUUUGUUUUCUAGUCUGUGGGACAUUAAUUUGACCAUACUUUGAUUUUGAGGGUCAUUUUUAGCUGUAGACUUGCAAACAUUCAGGAAAGUUCCAUUUUAAUUCAUGAUUUUUUGUGAUGUCUUCCUGGUUUGCCCAUUUCUGUGCCAGUCUGAAGAGUUCACACUCUGAUUAAGUUAAUGCCUCAAACGUCCACGAGGCACAAGAAGGUAGAGUUCAGCUUGUUCACAGACAUUUUCUGGAUCUUCUAGGACUAAAGAACAGCUGUCUCUGCUUGCUAAUGGAAGCUCUGUAUAAGCUAUUUGUCCCUAAUGAAGGAUGUUUCCAGAGACUGCACUGCUCAGCCUAUCAGGAGGGAGAACCUGACCCACGAUGGACUCCAAGAACAUUUGAUAGAUCUUUUGUAAAUUGCUGAGGGCACAUUUUAAUGGACAUUUAAAGUGCUCUCUUUUUUCAUGGUUUCAUCGACUAAACAGAUGUUUUUAUAGAUUAGCACCGCAGCUUUGUGUCAUUUGUAAAAUAAAGAAAACUACAUGCAGAAGUGUGCUGUAAUCCAUUUUGAGCUGUAAUCCAUUUCUACUGUACAGAGUGGCCUGUAAAUGAAUCGAGGACAUAUCUUUAAGUGUAAGUAAAUAUGUAAACUGUUUUUAUCAGAUACCUUCUAUUGGAGUUACUACUGUCAGUCAACGUGAUGUAUUAUUUGUGAAUGCCAUAUCAUCAACCAUGUGACUUUAUUGUAUAAAUUUGAUACCAUAUGACCCACCAAUAUAAACCCAUAUGACCAGGUUGAUCAUAUCUACACUGGUAACAGAGAAUUGCUCCUGUUUUUACUGAUUAAACUG